UUAUCUUCAAGCCGGUUACGUAACAUGUUCAUCAAAGAUAUAACGUCAGAUACACGAGGAACUGAACAGAAGUGGUUUGGGCAUGUUCUUACCGUCAGCUUUUGCCAAAUCGGCAUCAAUUUGAUCUGUGCCGGUGUACCAUUAUCAGACGGCAACAAGCAUCCGUGAAGUGCGUUUCGAAUACCGCGAGUUGACUUUAAAAAAAAUGCGGGAUAGAGUGUCAACACGUCAACCCACCACGUUUUGUUACAGCUUCGUAUCGUGUGUGCCAAGAAAAGCGGUUUUUACAACAAUGAGCACGAGGAGACUGUUACUUCACGUAUUAUCGCGUUCAAUAUGAAGUGCAACACGCCCUUCAGCUCUUUCAAUAAUAAAAAUGAGAAGUGCCACUUUUCUUGAAAAUAGGUCGCUACCAGUACUCUGAACGGUGACCAGGAAUUUUUAUUCUGUGCGUGGGCGCUGUCAUGCUGCCAUACGGCCACUGUAUGGCAGAAUGUCAGCGCCUACACACACGCACACAAACACAAAAAAAAGAUACACAUUCUAGUGUCGCAACUUACUCCGUGGUUGCAACCUAUAUUGAGCGCGGCAGUACAUAGAGGUAUGAAGGUCGGAGAUGCUGCCUUCAGCGUGUAAACGUCUUAUUUAGAACAGUCUUUCGCAGACGUAGCAUACCAGUAGAUAAUAUUUCAAAAACCGUUGUCUUCUAAUCUGAAGGGCUUACAGAACCUCAGCUGUUUGUGUUGUGUUAGCGCUACAGGCGAGCAGCGUAAGGGUAUACGACGAAGAUGAAGUGAGGGACAAAGAAGACACAACGCCGUGUGUGUGGCUUCCGGCCAAAAGUGGUCCGGAACGCACCCAAAUUAGCGGCGGGCCUGGUCCACACAGUCGUAAUUCGACAGGCGCUGACGAGUGCCGCGAAAUACUUUCCGAAAUGCUUAUCUCGAAUAUGGAAGUACGUGACUGCCAACGUUUUUGAAUGCAUUACUUCGGUGCUAAUAUCAGGCUAUAAGUGGGAAAAGACGACAAAGACUCGCGCCUCUGGCGCUGAGGCUGUCAUGCUUACCAUGUCGGUGUAAAAUUACCGCGCGCCUUCGGCAAAUGCCUUCGCCAGGGCCGAGUAAAUGUUUCAGGAGCGAAGAAAAAAAUUCACUCCAUCGAUGCCAGAGCAGUUUGACCGAAUCAUCCAUAGGUGAGUUUACUACGAUUAGUGAAAAUGCGCUUGCAACCGCUCGACAGUGUCAUCAGGCUUCGGGUUCCCUUCCCUGCUCGACAAUGCACCUUGUUCCACCGACAACGUGCCCUAGACUCGACAGCCCUGGACUCGACGUGACCACAACUCGUAGAUGACCAGAAGCAACGUGUGCCCUUCUGCUGAGCCAUGUGGCAAAAAACAGGACUUUCAUCAUGUCGAGUCCUUCGUCAAGGCAGUCUGACUCCAGGAGCACGCCGGGGCCGCGCAUCAGCAGCCCUAGAUGCCGGUCUGAAUUUGCCGUCGCCUUGGCCGUACGGUUCGGUAGCCGGCAGUGCUAACGUCGGUGCCGACAAAGUGCGGAAACCGCCUAAGUGUCACCUCCGGGGACUCCACGUCACUUCUGCCGUGAGGCGGCUGGGUCAUCCGCACCCUCACAGUACUGCGUUGCCGUACAAGGAGCGGCACAUCGUUGUCACCACUUGUGGAGAACUCUACAAGAAGUGGCGCGCCGAGGGGCGCCUCGGAUACAAGCACGCACCCGACACGGGAGCCGUGGUCCCUCUGACGUACGUGCACACGGGCAUGGACCGGGCCGAGCACAAGGAGCGCGGUGAACGGCCGCUGGUCCUCGUGUUCACGGGAUCGCCGGGACAGUAUCAGGACUUCAGCUACACCAUCCCUUUUCUGAACAGGCACGGCGCCGACGUUCUAUGCUUCAACUGGCCCAACUUCUCUUUCACCGAGAAGACCCGCUACUGGUGGCACAGCAGCGAGGAGAAAGCCCAACUUGCCACCGAUUUCCUCAAGGAGCUCGACAUAAAAGAGGUCGACAUGCUGGUGAGCCACAGCUCGGGUGCGUACCCGGCGGUCCAACUGACCGCCGAGCAAUCUGACGUCCAAGUUAAAUCCCUGGCGCUCCUUAUGCCGACCACCGGCACCGACGUCAGCGCUGCAAGGAGUCUCGCAGUCAACUUGAAGCCGAUGGAGUGGAUGCUUCGGAAUAUGUACGGGUUGUCCGUGCUUGCGGCAUUCACUAAAUGGGUUAUGAAGCUGAACGGGCACCCGCUGAAGCCUAACAUGAACGACGUAUUCUUCGCCUACCUGUCCACCACAAGCAUCGACGACACUCGGUACGAGCGCCAGCUGACAACGCUGCGCGAACGGGGCGUGCCCAUGGUCGUGAUGAUCAGCGGCACGGACAAGCUCAUCUCCACCGAGAACAACAGGAAAUUCCUGCGCAAACUGGGCCACGAUCCCGGCAGAACGUGGCUCUACGACAGCAAAGGGAACCUGAUUAGCCGAGGUGAGUACGGCACGGUGAAAGUCGUCGAGAUGACCACAGGUUCACACUACGCCUUCAGUCGCCACUCAGAUGUGUGCAACCAAGAACUGCUCGAGUUGCUGUCCCGAGCUUCACUUUACCCAAAGCGGUUCCGCGCCUAGGGCGCGGACACCAUGUUCACCGGCAGCGAAUGUGACUCGCAGUCGCUUCGCACGCUUUCUUCGCACAUGUGCCACAAUAUGGCUGCACCUUUUCCAAGAUACCCGCAUCCGUCUAAGAUAAACCGUCGUCAACGUGCCAUCGACCGAUAAGUCACACUGACAUGAUACUUCGCGCUCGGAGUGUUUCUCACCUAUAGUAUACACCCAUGGCCUGAAGUCGCAAUUGGAGCAUAACACCGGGUCCUUAUUAAAUGUUUGUUACCUCCGUUA